AUGGUUAUGGUGGGUAGUACUGCGUCAUCAACCACGCAAGCCCUCUCUUCUCCUCCUUCUUCAUGGAUGAGUCUCCCCCCUGAGUCGGCGGCUGCCGCCACGACGACGGCGAUGACGAAUAGAAACCGCGAGUUUGAUAAAAUGCCUAAAGAAGAAGACCGGGCUCGGGCCGAGGCGGCACCGGUUUCUGUUUCGGAUGUUCAAUUGAGCUACGGUGAAAGAGCGGUAUCUGCCGCCGGCGCGGCCGUCAUCUCCGCAAUUCUCGUGAAUCCCCUUGAUGUUGCUAAGACUAGAUUGCAAGCGCAGGCUGCCGGUGGGCCUCACAGUACCCUCUACACUCCCAAAUAUAUUGAAACACCUAGUGUGCUCCCAGAUAUAAAGCAUAAUCCAUCAUCUACUCGUGUGUCCAUGGGUGGUUCCCUAACAAACUCUCCUGAUGGUUUCCGUUAUAAAAGCACAGCAGAUGUCUUGUACAAAGUUAUACGUCAGGAAGGUUUUAGUCGAUUGUGGAGAGGCACAAGUGCAAGCUUAGCAUUAGCAGUUCCUCAAGUGGGAAUAUAUAUGCCUCUAUAUGAUAUUUUUCUCAAUUUUCUGGAAGAACGAGCAACAGAGCACUUUCCUGUUUCUUCUCCAUAUGUUCCGCUAAUUGCAGGGUCCUUGGCACGGACAAUAGCUUGCAUCACUUGUUACCCUGUUGAUCUAGCUAGAACACGUAUGCAGGCAUUUAAGGUCCAUCAAUCAGGUACAAGGCCUCCAGGAGUGUUGAAGACAUUGGUCGGGGUAAUUUCUUCUGUUAAGAGUCCGGGCAACAAUUCAUCACUGCAAAAUUAUCGGUUCUUGUGGACUGGAUUGGGUGCACAGCUUGCUCGUGAUGUCCCUUUCUCUGCUAUCUGCUGGUCCACUCUUGAACCAAUUAGGAGGAGAAUUUUAGCCCUUACCAGUGAUGAACCGAGUGCUGGUGUAGUCCUCGGGGCAAACUUCUGUGCCGGAUUCGCUGCAGGAAGUCUUGCAGCUGCAGCAACAUGUCCCUUAGAUGUGGCAAGAACGAGGCGACAGAUAGAGAAUGACCCUGCAAGAGCAUUGAGGAUGACGACUAGACAAACAUUGCAUGAGAUAUUGAGGGAUGGCGGAAUGAAGGGUCUUUUUACCGGAGUUGGUCCGCGAGUAGGCCGGGCUGGACCAUCAGUUGGGAUAGUUGUUUCCUUCUAUGAAGUUGUCAAGUACGCAUUGCAGCAGAGACAUUUGACAGAGUGA